CUACGAUCCACCCCCAAAUUCCUCCUCCGAGGUCAGACACGCCGCCGCCGCCUCCACCCCGUGGCAUCCAAGGAAGGGCUCUGUUUACUUCCGUCUUCCGUGCUCGUUCGUGUCGUGUAAUGGCGGCGCCGUCACCACCCACCUUCACCGUCCGCCGGCAGGAGCCCGUGCUAGUGCCCCCCUCCGAGCCCACUCCUCACGAAUUCAAGCGCCUUUCCGACAUCGACGACCAAGACGGUCUGCGUACCCACAUCCCCGUCAUCCAGUUCUACCGCAACAGCGUCCCCUCCAUCUCGACGACGGGAACUGGAGGAGGACAUCGCGACCCCGCUAAGGUGAUCCGCGAGGCCCUCGGGCGAGCACUCGUCUCCUACUACCCCUUGGCGGGACGGCUCCGGGAAGCCCCCGGAAGGAAGCUGGUGGUGGAGUGCACCGGCGAGGGGGUCUUGUUUGUCGAGGCCGACGCCGACAUCAGCCUCGAGCAGUUCGGAGAGGCGCUGCACCCGCCGCUCCCUUUCUUGGGCGAGCUCCUCCACGACGUCCCUGGUUCCGGUGGCAUCCUCCACUGCCCCUUGGUGCUGAUGCAGGUUACCCGAUUGCUCUGCGGUGGCUUCGUCGUGGCGCUCCGCUUGAACCACACCAUGGCCGACGGCGCCGGCCUGGGCCAGUUCAUGAACGCCGUCGGCGAGCUGGCUCGCGGCGCGGCCGCCCCGUCCGUAUCCCCUGUGUGGGCGCGCGAGCUCCUGGAGGCGCGCAUUCCUCCUCGCAUCACCUGCGUCCACCGUGAGUACGACCCUGUGCCGCCGUCCGACGCGAGGGGCCCCGCCACCACCAUCGUCCCGCUUGACGACAUGGUGCACCGCUCCUUCUUCUUCGGCAGAGCGGAUGUCGCCGCGUUGAGGAGGUGCGUGCCUCCCCACCUCCGCGACAGAUCCACCUUCGAUAUCCUGACCGCGUGCCUAUGGAGGUGCCGCACGAUCGCCAUCAGCCCCGGCGACGAAGAGGAGGUCCGCGUCCUCUUCAUCGUGAACGCGCGUGCGAAGCGCUUCGCCGGCCUGGGCCUGCCGGCCGGGUACUACGGGAACGCGAUCGCCUACGCGACAGCGAUCUCCACCGCCGGCGAGCUGUGCGCGAGGCCCGUGGGCUACGCCCUGGAGCUGGUGAAGGAGGCCAAGUCGAUGGUGACGGAAGAGUACAUGCGAUCGGUGGUGGACCUGAUGGUGCUGCGUGGACGGCCGCACUACAAGGUGCGGGGGUCGUACCUGGUGUCGGACGCGACUCGCUCCGGGCUGGAGCUGGUGGAUUACGGGUGGGGGAAGCCGUUGUACGGCGGGCCGGCAUGGGGCCGAGUGGCGAGUUUCCACUUCCGUUUCAGGAACAGCAAGGGGGAGGAAGGGGUGGUGGUUCCCCAUUACCUACCCCGCACGACCAUGGACAAGUUCGCCAUGGAACUGCAGAAACUAAUCGAGGAAGCUCCUCCGACGAUGAGGAGUUCACUGUAGUAAAAACUGGGACGACGUACUGCAAAUAAUUUUGUUAUCACUAAAUUACUAUUAUUAUUAUCUGAAUCGUAAAUAGAUAAAAAGUCACGAAUAAUAAUGUGAUGUAGGUGAUAACAGUUAAA